AUGGUACUAGAGCAUGCCCCCGAAGGUAGUCUGCUCGAAUUAUACAAGCGUGAUAAACCUCCAGCAACACCUGAAGAGCGCAGGUACUUUUUGUACGGCAUGAUGGGUCUCAUCAAGGCUGUUGAUAAGAUUCAAAACUUGGGAGGGGGUCCUAGAAAUCAACGCACAGGCUUUGCCCAUCGCGACAUAAAGCCUUCCAAUAUUCUCGUCUUCCCUGGAACGCAGGGUCUGUAUUCCGAUGGCUUCCGGAUGAAGCUUGCUGAUUUCGAUACGGCGACAUCUGAAUCGCCUAUUGAUGAAGAUUCAGUCAGUCUUCAUGACAACGACGGAGACAAGACAUAUUGUAAAUUAUCACAGGGUUUGAUAUACUGCUACUUCUGCUAA